AUGGGCAACCCUAAACACGAAGUUUCGGCUCCGGACGUCACCACCGAGUCCGACAGCGUUGCAAACGAGAAGUCGGUCUUCAAGGGCGGCGUUGAUGACGUCCAUGUCGAGAGCGCCGGCUGGGAUGAGGCUUCAACCAAGAGGCUGAUCCGCAAGAUUGACUACACCCUCAUCCCCUUCCUGGCCUUCCUCUAUCUGCUUUCUUUCCUCGACCGCUCCAACAUCGGCAACGCCCGUCUGGACACCCUCGAGAAGGAUCUCAACCUCAAGACGGACAAGUACCAGUACAACGAUGCGCUUGCCGUCUUUUUCCCCUUCUACGUCGCUGCUGAGAUUCCCUCCAACAUGGCCAUGAAGCGCUUCCGCCCAUCCAUCUGGAUUCCCAGCAUCAUGGUUGUCUGGUCAAUCUGCACCACGCUCAUGGGUAUCGUCGAGAACUACGCCGGUCUGAUGGCCUGCCGUUGCGCUCUGGGUCUUGCCGAGGGUGGUCUCUUCCCCGGUAUCACCUACUACAUCACCAUGUGGUACAAGCGUCACGAGUGCGGUCUCCGCAUGGCCAUCUUCUUCUCUGCCGCUACUGCUGCUGGUGCCUUCGGUGGUCUACUCGCCCGUGGUAUUAUGGAAAUGCGUGGCGUUGGCGGUCUCUCCGGCUGGCAGUGGAUCUUCAUCCUCGAGGGUUUGUUGACUUUCGUUGUCGCCGUUGCCGCCUACAUCAUCAUGCAGGACUACCCGGCUACCGCCAAGUUCCUGACUCCUGAGGAGCGCGAGGAGGUCCAAGCCCGCCUCAAGCGUGACCGCUCUUCGCUCGCCGAUGAGUUCGAUAUGAAGUACUUCUGGCAAGCGCUCAAGGACUGGAAAAUCUACUGCCACAUGUUCAUCACUAUCUUCGUCUACACUGCCCUCUACUCCUACUCGCUCUUUCUGCCCACCAUCAUCAAUGAGCUUGGCAUCUCCAAGACCCCUGAGCAGUCUCAGCUUCUUACCGUCCCGCCCUACUUCGUCGCAUGCUUGUUCUGCGUCGCUGCCGGCUGGUACGCCGAUAAGAUUGGCCAGCGAGGUAUCUUCAUGAUUGGCUUCAUGCUCAUCGCUAUUGCUGGUCUCCUCAUGCUCAUCUGCACCACCAAUCCGGCUGUCCGCUACAUUGGCUGCUUCCUUCUCGCUACUGGUGUUUAUCCCAACGUCCCUAUGGGUGUCGCCUGGAACGGCAACAACAUCGGUGGCUCACUCAAGCGUGGUGUCGGUAUUGCUAUGCACGUCGGCUUUGGUAACCUGGGUGGUGUCGUGUCUUCCUACCUCUUCCUGGCCAAGCACAAGCCGCGUUACUUCUCUGGUUUCGGUGUCCUCCUGGCCUUCCAGGUCGCCGCCGUCGUUCUCUCCGUCAUCAUGCACAUUUACCUCCGCCGUGAGAACGCCCGCCGUGACCGCGAGUACAAGCCCCCAAGCGAGUACACUGAGGCCGAGAAGCUGGCCGAACGUGAGAAGGGUGACUACGCCUCCUUCUUCCGUUACACCAUCUAA